UUGAGCAAGCAAAAUGGCGUUAAAGGCGUUGGUUAACAAGCGUAUUAUGAAUGAUGUCAUUAUACCGCUCAGAAAGCGGAAGUGCCAAAAUGUAUUGGUCUUGGAUCAGCUGAGCAUGCGGAUGAUAUCAGCAUGUGUUCGUAUGCAUGAUCUAGCCGAUGAGGGCAUUACAAUUGUGGAAGAUAUCAAUAAGAAGAGAGAGCCUCUGAAGGGAUUAGAAGGUGUCUACAUCAUUCAACCCAAUGAAAAAAAUAUCUUGCAGCUGAUUGCAGACUUCAAGGACAUUAACUCUCUUCAGUACAAGGUCGCUCAUAUCUUCUUCACAGAGACUUGUGAGGACGCAUUGUUUGGGAGAUUAUGUAAGAGCCCAGCUCAACGGUUCAUCAAAACCCUGAAGGAAAUCAACGUUGCAUUCCUACCGUACGAGUCACAGGUGUUCUCACUAGAUUGCCCAGACAGCUUCAAUGUGUUCUACAACCCAGGCCGGGGACAGUCUCGACCCAUGUACAUUGAACGUAUGGCUGAACAGAUCGCAACACUCUGCUCUACGCUUGGUGAAUACCCAGCCAUUCGCUACAGAAGCGAGUUUGACCGUAACAUGGAGUUUGCCCACAUGAUUCAGAACAAGCUAGACGCUUACAAGGCCGAUGACCCCAGCAUGGGAGAGGGCCCUGAGAAGCGCCGAUCUCAGCUCCUGGUCAUCGACCGUGGCUUUGACCCUGUCUCCCCUUUGCUUCACGAGCUCACCUACCAAGCGAUGGCAUAUGACCUGCUGCCCAUUGAGAAUGAUGUCUACAGAUACGAGCAGCAAGGUGGUAGCGCUCCGGACUGUGAGGUAUUGAUGGAUGAUAAAGACGAGAUGUGGGUGACCCUUCGUCAUCAGCAUAUUGCUGUGGUGUCAACGACGGUUACUCAGCAAUUCAAGGACUUUGCUCAAGGCAAGAAGAUGGGAUCUGGAGGUGAUAAGACGAGUGUCCGUGAUCUGACUCUGAUGAUCAAGAAGAUGCCACAGUAUCAGAAGGAGUUAAGAAAGUACACCACCCAGCUGAAGCUUGCCGAGGAGUGCAUGAACCAAUACAAGAACAACGUUGACAAGCUGGUCCGUGUGGAACAGGACCUGGCUAUGGGCAUGGACUACGAGGGAGAGAAGGUCAAGGAUCACAUGCGCAACAUCGUCCCCAUCCUGCUCGACACCAAGAUCUCUGCUUAUGAUAAGCUUCGUGUGAUCCUUCUCUACAUUAUUAGUAAGAAUGAUGGUAAAGUGGGCAUCACUGAGGAGAAUCUGAACAAGCUGAUUCAACACGCUGCCAUACCCGACACAGACAGACCCAUCGUCAAUAACAUGGCCCAGCUUGGUGUCCAGAUCAUCCACAAUCAGAGAAGCCGUAAGACUAAACCUACGCCGCGUAAGGAGCGUAUUACAGAGCAGACAUACAGGAUGUCUCGAUGGACUCCAGUUAUCAAAGAUGUCAUGGAGGAUGCCAUUGCCAACAAGCUGAGCGACAGAGAUUAUCCUUUCUUGUCCGGCAGGAACAACACUGGUAGCACUGGUAGCUCUGGACCUAAGAGUGCUCGCUAUGGCAACUGGCACAAGGAUCGCGGCCCACUGGACUAUAAGACAGGGCCACGCCUCAUCAUCUUUGUGAUCGGAGGAGUCUCUUACUCUGAGAUGAGGUGCGCCUACGAGGUGUCCAAGGACCCACAGUUCAACAAGUGGGAGGUGUAUUGCGGCUCAACUCAUAUCCUAACGCCGGAGGGAUUCCUCAGCGAUCUGCGUGAACUGGGCAGCAACUGAGUCCCACGACCACCAAACACCGCAGCCAGCGAUGGAUAACCCAACACUCAGGAGGGCUCCAUCGCACGUUCAUCAACAUCUCUGAUGGAAACUGGGAAGGUUUCUCCAUGGCUUUCGUUCCUUUUUUUGCUGAAAAAGAAAUUGAUUCUAAAUAAUCAUUCCAGCGUGAGUAGCAGAGAGCCGUAGCUCAAUGUAUUAUCAUAGAUUUCCAGUAGAGCUCUUGAUAGGUUACAAUUAAUUAUGAAGAUAUUCUGUGUUUUUGAUGAAACCUGUGAAUCGAUUCAAUCGUUGUACUAAGGAGUAUAGAAUAUAUAUACAUGUAUAUCUACAAACCAGUGUUUAUUUAUUCCUUCAACAUACCACUGUAAAUAUCCCAUUUUUGUACCAUUAUUUGACCAGAAUAUGGACUACUCUCCUGCAGUUUCUUUUUGCUUCGUCUUUAACCUUUGUAAUUUAAUUCUGAAAAUUCAGGUUGAAACUCAUUAGGAAUGCAUGUUGAAUAAAAUGAAAUGUUCUUCAAUGAGUCAAUGUCCGUAGUAUCAGCCAUUUUAAAUUUGGCGUGGCAAAUCAACUUAGCUCCAUACUGUCGACUUCAAACAUACUUUUCUUUGGUCAAUCCAUAGAUCAUGCAUAUUCAUGAAGGGGCAUGAUGACAGAAAAUGGAUGAAGGCUCUUAUGAAGAGGAAUAUGAUGAUCUAUAGAUUGAUUAGAUUU